CCCUGUGGCUGAGGUGGGGAUCAUGUCGAUGCUGGCCCCCCUGCGCCUGCUACGUGAGCCCUGGAAUGCCAGCGAGGGCAACCAGAGCAACACCGGGGCCGGCAGCGCCUGGUGCCAGGGGCUCAACAUUCCCAGCGAGCUCUUCCUCACGCUGGGACUGGUGAGCCUGGUGGAGAACCUGCUGGUGGUGGCUGCCAUCCUGAAGAACAGGAACCUGCACUCACCCACGUACUACUUCAUCUGCUGCCUGGCCAUCUCCGACAUGCUGGUGAGCGUCAGCAACCUGGCAGAGACACUCUUCAUGCUGCUGAUGGAGCACGGCGUGCUGGUGGUCGACACCAGCAUCAUCCGCCACAUGGACAACGUCAUCGACAUGCUCAUCUGCAGCUCCGUCGUGUCCUCCCUCUCCUUCCUGGGGGUCAUCGCCGUGGACCGCUACAUCACCAUCUUCUAUGCCCUGCGCUACCACAGCAUCAUGACGCUGCAACGGGCCAUGGUGACCAUGGCCAGCAUCUGGCUGACCAGCACCGUCUCCAGCACUGUCUUCAUCACCUACUGCCACAACAAUGCCAUCCUCCUCUGCCUCAUUGGCUUCUUCCUCUUCAUGCUGGUCCUCAUGCUGGUGCUCUACAUCCACAUGUUCGCCCUGGCCCGCCACCACCUCCGCAGCAUCUCCAGGCAGCAGAAGCAGCCCACCGUCUACCACGACAGCAGCCUGAAGGGAGCCAUCACGCUCACCAUCCUCCUGGGCGUCUUCUUCAUCUGCUGGGGGCCCUUCUUCUUCCACCUCAUCCUCAUUGUCACCUGUCCCACCAACCCCUUCUGCACCUGCUUCUUCAGCUACUUCAACCUCUUCCUCAUCCUCAUCAUCUGUAACUCGGUCAUCGACCCCCUCAUCUAUGCCUUCCGGAGCCAGGAGCUCCGGCGGACGCUGCGGGAGGUGGUCCGCUGCUCCUGGUAGGCAGCGGGACAUGGGUAACGGCACGGCCGUCCCUGCUGCGGGACGGACGGACAGACAGACGGACGGAUGGGACGGGACACGCCAUGGGGCAUCCCCUUCCGGCACCCCGA